AUGUUCUCCCCCAUCCCCCUCCUCGUUCCCCUCGCCGCCCUCGCGCCUCUGGCGUCAGCACACAUCGCCCUUUGGAAUAAGGCCAUGUACGGUUUCAACGUGUCCGCACAGACGUUCUCCUACGACAACCGUCCUGUGGUUCCUCUGGUGAACCAGCCGUUCGACCAGUGGUGGUUCCACGGCCACCUGGGCUAUCCUCCCAACGCAGGUGAUGUCGCCGAGUUGCCUGCCGGCGGUACCUUCACCUCCGAGCUGUCUUGCGACAAGGGCGCGACUUCGAACUGGCCCUCGUCCGACGGCGGUAACGCAGGAUACCCGAGCACCUGGCCAUGCCCCGGCCAGGAUUCCUCGCAGUUCCACACGAACAGCAUUGACGACACCAAGGGGUGCAGCAUAGCCAUUGCCGACAAGGAGAAUGCCUCCGACGUGCAGCCAGAGGACUUCACGAUUAUCAGCACCAACGACACCUGUGUAUGGAACCUCAACACCGACUUCCAGAUUCCCGCACAGUUGCCCGCAUGCUCAGGCGCGAACUGCGUGUGUGCUUGGUUCUGGAUCCACAGUGAUGACAGCGGUGCGGAGCAGCUUUACAUGACCGGCUUCAACUGCAAUGUUACCGGCGCGACCGGCACGACUCCCAUCGGCCAGAAGAUGCUCGCCCGGCAGUGCGGUACAGAUACCACCACAGGUCUCACUGCCAACCCGGGCAACUGCACGAUCGGGCCCAAGUACCCCAUCUACUGGCUGCAGGCCGAGCGCAACAACUUCUUCGAGGGCUACUACGACGUGCCCUACUACAACCAGAAGAUGGGCUUCCAGCCCGGCGCACAGGACGACAUCUUCCAGGAUGCGUACAUCUCCUCGCUCGGCCCCGGGAGCGCGACGGCCACCGCCGCCGCGCGCCGCGAGGUGCCCGUCGCGGAGGCGACGCCGAACCCCGACGUGCGCGGGAUGAUGAAGCGGCACAAGCGCAUGAUGGACCUCGGCCACGGCUCGCUCUGA